CCCGUCCCCAUCCCCAUCUCCAACUCCAUGAAAUUGAGUACCCCAUCCUCGCUCGCUACCUCGCCCUGCUGCCCCUACCUCGCCCCAGUCACCCUGCUGGCUGCUGCCCCUACCUCGCCCCUGUCCUUCACGGCGCCGGCGCGGACGCCCUCGUCAAAGUUCCCCGGCGGCAAGGCGUUGACCGGGGAGAAGGACGGGAAGAAUCCGUGCACGCGGAGCACUACCGGCACAGCCCUCGGCACGAGCGCGGCGUCGUCGGUCGCCACCUCCGCGAGCGCGCCGCCGCCACCUCCGCGAGCGCGCUGCUGCCGGCCACCGCCUCCGCCUACGUCGUCGCCCAUCGAAAAGGGAAGGGCCGUCCCGACGAUCCCCUGCUCACCUUGCGUCGUCGGCUGUCGGCAGUGGAAGGGCCUUCGCCUUGCCGUCGGGCUCGCCGACGAUCCCUUCCUCACCUUGCGCCGUCGGGAAGGGACUCGCCCCACUACGAGCUGCUGGGGUCUCGCUCCCGUGGUCCCCGGCACCACUCCUCUUCCCGUUAACUCCCGCUCCUCCCAGGCUCCCUCAAUUUCUACAUCCAGAAACAUCCAUGAAAACAGUACCAGCGAAGGGCAUGUCGUCGUCCCAGACGGACUCGAGGCGGCGGAUGCGGCGGAGGGAGGUGAGCUUGAUGAGGAGGUUGGCGUCCAGUCGACGGGCGUGGCGUACCACCACUGGUCGCCGGUGCUCUCCCAACGUAGCGGGCAGUGGGAUUCCUCCUCCAUGGGCUGCCACCGCUGCUGCUGCUACCAGAGGACAGAGUCCGCCUGCAUGAAUCAAGAGUUUGAGCCAAAUCGAAUCACAGAAAUUGCAAAUUCUGGGCACUACGAAUUAAGAACAGAGAGGGAUUAGGUAUUCUGGAGCGGGAUGUGCUGUGCCAGAUCUGACCAGAAAACUCAGCAGAUGAUCAAAAGAAUGAUGAAGUUGGGCUGCUCAAAUUGUUUGCCAGGAUACUACUUUGGAGUAGCGCAAAUGACAUAUCUGAUGCGUGCAUCUGUUAGUGUUGAAUCGUUGUCUGUUGUUGAUAUUACCACGGAAGAGGAAAAUCUGAAACGGGCUCUGUGCGCUGGCGAGCCUGACGUUUUGUGUUAUGUUGAUCUGGGCAACUCUGAAGAAAAUGAUGCAGAGGUUUGUUGUUGACUAUGCUGAAAAAAUCUGGGCUAGAUGUCUUAUUUAUCCAACGCAAGGCUGGGCAGUGGGUUUCAAGAACUUGUCUCUAAAUGACGAGGGUAUUCUAGUGUUUGAGUGUCAGCAUGUGAUCGAUGAUGAGGUGAGUCAAUUCUCACUGCUUGAGGUGGCUGUGGGAAUUCCUGAACCAGGCUUGGUUGCAAUUAUAUCAGAGACGGGAGCAGCACCUUCCUCGGGGGAGAAUAACGAGCAACAGUUCAUGACAGUGGCGAGCAACAGAGCAUCACCUUCUUGUUCAGGCGAGCGCGUGGAGCAGAGUAGGCGCUGCCGGUUUUGCUUGGUUCCUGCAGCUGAUCCGAGGAGCAGCAGGUCGAGGAGGAGGAGCGGCCCUGCCCCGGCGAGCUGUCAAGGAGGAGACUCAGCGUAGCAGAGGACUCGCAGCGCAGGGAGGACGACAAGGACAAGCUUAGGCACGGCCGAGAUUAGGCCAGCAGCGAGGUGCGCGCGAGCAGCAGGGGAGCAGCGGCGAGGCAUCUGGCCGCCGCAACGAGUCACGGCGCAGGUGCCUCUGGCCGCAGCGGCGAGCUUCUUCUGGCCGCGGCCGCGGCGGCGGACGGCGAGGCAGCUGCGGAGGCGGGGGAGAAAGAAGACCGGAGCAGCGCCGACAUAUGAAGUGGCGGCCGCUCCAUCCAGCAGCGGCGACCUCCUGCGCGUUCGUGAUGGUGACGUCCGCUAGCUCGUGCGUGUGUCCUAGAUGAUGGAGCCCAGACUAUUGUAAAUCAAAGAAGAAAAGAAUCGUUGGCCAACAUUUUGGCAGGAUGUAGAGUAACUGCUAUCUUUCUAUUCUCUGUCCAUAAGGAAGAUGAGUAAGGAGAGAGACUUGUGGGUCUGGUCCACAAGAGAGGACAACAAAGUUUUUCACAGCCGACUAACACCGUUUGACA